UGGGGCAGGUAAAUGGAAUCCACGGAUAUAACCAGUUUAGUAAUUACUCGUAGUCGUCCCCGUCGGUCUCUGUUUCUCUCUCUCACACACACACUCUCUCUGCCUUCUGAGCGUCUGAGAAAGGUAAACUGAGUCCCGGGUCGAGGAAAUGGCACAGAGGCGUGCUUUCUUUUCUUUGUUCAUCCUCCUUGCAGUAGCUGGAGUUCAUGGCGACUCGACCAUGAAGACAAUGGAGAAGUUCUCUGGCUACCCACCCGAAUCAGAUGAUGCGGGCGACCUCGGCUCACUAUCUUUCUCAGUCGACAAUAAUUCCUUAGAGCGUCAGAUCGAUGAGCUAGCAGGUUUUUCAGAUACUUCUGCACCAUCAGUGACACGCAUCAUAUACAGCAAAAAUGAUAUUCUGGCUCGCAGGUAUAUCAAGAACCUAAUGGGAAUAUCUGGGCUUUCUGUAAGAGAAGAUGCUGUGGGGAACAUAUUUGGUCGUUGGGAAGGUUCUCAUCCUGAAUUAGCGCCUGUCGCAACUGGUUCACAUAUUGAUGCUAUUCCAUAUUCUGGGAAAUAUGAUGGAGUUGUUGGAGUUUUGGGUGCAUUGGAGGCAAUUAAUGCCCUGAAAAGAUCUGGUUUUCAGCCUAAAAGAUCAUUAGAUGUAAUCAUGUUCACAUCAGAGGAGCCUACUCGUUUUGGUAUCAGCUGCUUGGGAAGCCGCCUAAUGGCAGGGGAUGAAGCCCUUGCUCAACUUCUGUUGGGCACUGUUGACAGUCAUAAUAUAUCAUUUAUUGAAGCUGCAAGAUCUGCUGGUUACAUGAUGGGACAACAGGAAUUAUCUAGUGUAUUUUUAGAUCAUGGAAGUUACUCUUCUUUUGUGGAGUUGCAUAUUGAGCAGGGUCCAAUCCUGGAAGAAGAAGGUCUUUCUAUUGGUAUUGUAACUGCAAUUGCUGCCCCUGCAAGUAUCAAGGUGGAUUUUGAAGGAAAUGGAGGGCAUGCUGGGGCUGUAUUGAUGCCAUCAAGGAAUGAUGCUGGAUUGGCAGCUGCAGAGUUAGCCUUAGCUGUUGAGAAGCAUGUAUUAGAGUCUGGAUCAUUGGAUACUGUUGGUACUGUUGGCAUCAUUGAGCUUCAUCCAGGAGCAGUCAACAGCAUCCCCAGCAAAUCACAUAUAGAGAUAGAUACAAGAGACAUUGAUGAGGAAAGGAGGAAUGCUGUUGUCGAGAAGAUUCAUCAAUCUGCUGUGAAGAUAUCCAAGGCACGUGGAGUUAAGCUAUUGGGUUUUCAUAUUGUCAACCAAGAUCCACCAGCUCUAGCUGCAGAAUCAAUAAUUGCUGCAAUGAGUGUUGCAUCUAAGCAGUUGAAUCUUAGCUCUAAACGGAUGAUCAGUAGAGCCUACCAUGACUCACUGUUUGUGGCCAGAAUAUCACCAAUGGGCAUGAUCUUCAUUCCAUGUUACAAAGGUUACAGUCACAAGCCUGAAGAAUAUGCUUCGAUUGAAAAUAUUUCAAACGGAGUGAAAGUGUUGGCUCUGACACUUGCAAAGUUAUCUCACAGCUGAUGAUGGAAGCUUUUUAGAUCAAACCAUGAACUCUCCAGUUGUGUUCAUAAGCCUGGUGCACAGAAAUUUAUAAAGGCAAUGGGAAGUAUCCUUUUUGAGUCUUU